AUGAAUGAACGGUUCGAUGAUGUAGCAUUCUGUAAGGCAGGUGGUAUGGAUGAUAUGAGUAUAGUCACAGUGGCGGCUAAUGCUGGAUUGAAGUUCGUCAAAAAACACUACGUUAUAUCAUCCAUGUACAUCAUCGGAUUACUGGUGGCGCUUUUUGGUACCGGUUUCCACGUGGACCCAAUCACAGCCGCACGGUAUGGUCAAACCUUGGAACAUAUCGAUGUAGUGCAGGGCCGUCAGUAUAGAUCAGUUAUGCAAAAGUUGGACAGAGCUGAUAGAGAGUACUACAAUAGUAAAGGGUGGUUCUCAUGCAAUGACGAGUGCCAGGCUAAUUACCAGAAGGUUCAAGACUUGAGGGACCAGAAGGCAGUAGUUGAAUCCAAGAUAUACGAUUUACAGCUUGACGCUAAGAAGACGGUGGGUUUAUGGUCAAGCUAUGCUGCACAGGAUAUGAGGAAGGACUUCUGGAAUUCCUGGAAUGCUGGCAAGGACAUGGCGUCUCAUUGGACUCUCUGGGAUGCAUUAUUCAUAGUAGCAGGUGGCGAUUCUAGAGAUGAGACUCUGGUAUCCAUGAUAUUACAGACAGUGUUACAGUACAUCAUGAAUUUAACAGUUGGCCUCAUAGCAGCUAUAGGCGCAUUUGUCACUACUGUACCAGUGGCUAUCGCUUCCUAUGGCCCUGGUCUUAUUGAAGGCGUUGCAUACUUCCUUCUGGUUCUCUGUGCGGCAGCUGCUGUUGUGGUAUCUUUCCUCGGUACCAUUUACGGUGGUAUAGCAGGAAGCGGAUACUACUUGAUAAAGAAGGCGCUAGAUAGAGUGGAAGCAGACCCCCAGCAACAGCGGUAUCGUGAGGUACGGUACGAUGAGCGAUAUCGUCCUCAUUACGAAUAA